CAUCCAUCUUACCAGGGAGGGGUUUCAGUCCAGCUCAGCUCAGCUCAGCUCUACUCUACUCUAUCUACUCUUCUCCUCAACGCUCGACUUUCCAUCUCCGCCAGCCUCGCCCUCCCGUCCCGCCAUUACGCCUGCGUCGAGCCCACGCCUCCUCAUUCACCACUCGCAUCAUCGUCCUCUGAAGCCGCAUUUCCCCGCCAUCACGAGCCAAAUCCAUCCGUCACAAUGGCCGAGUUUGUGCGAGCGCAGAUCUUUGGCACCACCUUCGAGAUCACCUCACGGUACUCGGACCUCCAGCCCGUGGGCAUGGGAGCCUUUGGCCUCGUCUGCUCUGCGCGAGACCAGCUCACCAACCAAAAUGUCGCCGUCAAGAAGAUCAUGAAGCCCUUCAGCACGCCCGUACUCGCUAAGCGGACGUACCGUGAGCUGAAGCUGCUCAAGCACCUCCGACACGAAAAUGUCAUUUCUCUCAGCGACAUCUUCAUCUCUCCCCUCGAGGACAUCUACUUCGUCACAGAGCUUCUUGGCACCGACUUGCACCGAUUAUUAACCUCCCGACCCCUCGAGAAACAAUUCAUCCAAUACUUCCUCUACCAGAUCAUGCGAGGCCUGAAAUAUGUCCACUCGGCCGGCGUCGUCCACCGCGAUCUCAAGCCCAGCAACAUCCUCGUCAACGAAAACUGCGAUCUCAAGAUUUGCGACUUUGGUCUUGCCCGAAUCCAGGACCCGCAGAUGACGGGCUAUGUUUCAACACGAUACUACCGCGCCCCCGAGAUCAUGCUCACGUGGCAAAAGUACGACGUCGAGGUCGACAUCUGGAGCGCCGGGUGCAUCUUCGCCGAGAUGCUCGAGGGUAAGCCCCUGUUCCCGGGCAAGGACCACGUGAACCAGUUCUCCAUCAUCACCGAGCUGCUGGGCACGCCACCGGACGAUGUCAUCAACACUAUUGCUAGCGAGAAUACGUUGCGGUUCGUCAAGUCGCUGCCCAAGCGUGAGAGGCAGCCUCUGCGAAACAAGUUCAAGAAUGCAGACGAUUCGGCUGUCGAUCUCUUGGAGCGCAUGCUCGUCUUCGACCCCAAGAAGCGAAUCACGGCCACCGAAGCCCUGGCCCACGAGUACCUCGCGCCAUACCACGACCCUACUGACGAGCCGGUUGCCGAGGAAAAGUUUGACUGGAGCUUCAACGACGCCGACCUUCCUGUUGACACCUGGAAGAUUAUGAUGUACUCGGAAAUUCUGGACUACCACAACAUAGAGGGUGGUGUCCCAAACAUGGACGAGCAGUUCCCGCCGCAGUAGAUUGACAACAUGGAGGACCACAUACUCGGAUUACAGGGUGGCAUACAGGGAUUUGAACCACUGCACAGAAGAAGACGGAUACAGGAACGCGCGGCAGUAGACAGACGAGACCGUUACACGACUCGCAAUGGCCAGCGCACCUUGUUUCCGCGACCUAUGUGUUUGCAGUUUCCGGCGUUUCGGAGGGCAAGACUGGCAACGGAGGGGGAAAGGGGAGAGGCAACAGGAAGGGUUUAAAUACGUUGUAAAGACU